GGAUACAGGUAGUCCCCACUCCACAGGCAAAGGAGGAUGAGAUUGCGGGCGCUGUCCAAUCUCCCCGCUUCCAGCCACCUCAUAUCCCCCUAAUAAGUUUUCCACAGCCCUCCCAUUUGACGCACACGACACAGCGACCGCGAACCGAGUUCGCCGUUUUUACAUCGAGGUCAUUGAGGACCGGGAGGGGCUCGCGCAUCUCGACGGCGGCGACGGCAUCACCGGCGAUGCUAGGUUUAUGGCCCUGGGCGAGUACUUCCGCCGGUGGGUUGCCGGGGUUUUUACCGGAAUGGAGCCCGAGCACAAUCCCCGCUUCUGUACUUGUCUGGUCCUUGACUCGGAGAGUGUGGCGUCGGUGGCUGCACUGCCCGAGGAGCUGCCACUGUUGCGCUGUGCGGUCGACCGCGAAGAGAAGCAGAAGUUUAUGAAUACCGGCGAAGGUGCGUGGGUGUGGCUGCUGGAGACGGACUACAUGGCGGAGCCCGAGUCGCACGAGGAUGCGUAUCGCGGCUGGAUGAAGAUGGAUCUGAGGGAUGUUGAGUUCUCAUGGUUCCGUCGGCUUGGACGGGGCAUAAGCCGCAAGAGAGACCAUUUUGAACACGAGGAGAGGGAGCCAGGCUCGGGAAUAUAUUGGUUCGACGAAUAAUAAUCGUGCUGAUCAGCGCUGCCGCCAUAUCAAACCAACCAUGGAUCUCGCAGACGGACGCGUAAU